UUGUAACCCCAGAAAACACACUGUCGGAGGAAGAACUAAAGAAGUGGCGGAUUCCUUUUUCGUUGUCGACGAAUAAGCAUUCCACACCCUGCCAGACGCCGUCCACCGUUUUCAUCCCUGCGUGGUUGUUUUCUGGAAAGCAGUGAAGAAGGUUCUAAUUCUAGGGGUUUCCCAACAUCCAGUGAGAUUGAUUUGCUCAAUCUGGGCUGUGUAAUUUUGAGAGGAAGCCGUUAUAAAAAUGCCUUCUCUUCAAACUGCUCUGCCUCCUGAGCUGGCCAACAAUGUCAUUAGGCUUUACCGUGAAUGCCUACGAAGAGCUAAAUAUAUUGGACAUAGGCAACAUAACACAGAACUCCUUGUCAGUAUGGUGAGGCAGCAGUUUAAGAGAAACAUGCACGAGACAGAUCCUGAGAAAAUUCAGAAACUAAAGGAUGAUGCUGCGAGAGGACUUAUAAACCAUAUCCUGUACGAGUCGGAGGAAAUGUCUGGUAGAAAAUUCAGCCAGAACCCUAAAGUUGCUUAAUCUUCUUCUUCCAAUUCAGUUUGCUCAUCAAUUUAUGGUUUUGAAAAAUCAUGAGUGGAGACCAACUCUUCCAACGUGUUUAUGAUCGAAUAAAUAAUUGAGGAGGUGCAGUGGUCUCUUAAUUACUCGCUCACAUUCUAGAGCAGUGAAGUUUUAGUUAAUUUUUUCGAGGCGAUUCAGUUUUCAUCAUCAAUCCUAGGUCUUGGCUAUUUGGCUAUUAAUGAAUGCAGAACCUUGCCUUCCCGAGGGUUGUUUAUUGGGAGGAAAAUUUGUUCCAGUUUUUUUAUAUUUUCUAUAGGAAGUUUUUAUAUUUUUGUUCCCAUCUGUUCCAUCUUUCAAGAUUGACACGUGCAUCUUUGUAAGCGGAAGAUUUUUACGGCGUUAAAUGAUUGACAAUUACAGAUAAAA